UAUAGUCAUUAGUCCAUCAAAUUUAUAAAAGAGACUUGAUCUGUGAAGAUGCAGAAGAGCCAUCCGGACGAGAGAGGCAAGAUGUGGAGGGUAACUGGUCUCCUGUUGGUCUGUCUGUUGGGGGUAUCUCUCAGUGACAACUCAGCUGAUGAAGAGAAAACUUGUGAAUGUUACAAUGAGGAUGUCUGUAAAACGGCCAUUGAUUUCUGCGCAGAAUCACAAUACCAGGAGUGCAACGUUACUGGAGCGUUCACGUGCGUGAGCUGUGGUGAAGACAAUUGUCUGUGUUUAUAUCAGUAUAACCAACAAAGAGUGCUGGAACUUUGCCAAGAGAACGCCAUUGGCCCGUAUGAAGGUGGCAAUUCUGAAGAACCAGUUAGUCCACUGCACGAUGUUAACAAGCGCUUUUUCCGCAAAUUAAAGCUGAAAAAGCCCUUUUUCAAUUUUAAGAAGUUACUUCCCAAAUUUAAACACCCUAAACCAGAAGAUCCAAAACCUGAACCUGAACCCUCAAAGCUUAACACCCCAAAGCUUAACAUUCCAAAGCUAAACCUUCCAAAACUUACACUCCCUAAGAUUAAGAUUCCAAAACUAAAUCUUCCGAAGCUGACGCUACCCAAAUUUAAACUCCCUAAAUUCAAAUUCAAGCUCCCAAAGUUCAAAUUACCUAAAAUUAAGCUCCCUAAAUUCAGACUUCCUACACUUAAAUUGCCCACGUUUAAAUUUCCGAAAAUCAAGCUCCCUAAAAUUAAGUUUCCAAAGAUUCCUCCUAUCAAAUACCCUACGAAACCAAAGUACCCGUAUCCUGACUAUUAUGAUGAUGAUGACGACUACUACGAUGAUGAUUGCGAGUACGAGGAUGACCCAAAAACGAAGAGAGAAAUUCGCAUGAUUCAGGAUGUUAAUUUGAAGAUCAGGGGCCACGACGACCAAGGGGAAGAUAAUGGGAAUCAAAAUGAUGACGAUCAAGGGGAUAACGAUGAGUAAUAUGACGCUGAAUAAUAAAAGCAGUUGGAACUUCAGUUUAACUUAAUUAUUUUUGUACAGUCAACGAUUUUCAUUUUAGAAAGAUACAUAAAAUAAUUUCAUCAUGGAACUAAAAACAGAAUUACAUGUAUUGUAUUCCUUUUUAUGACUGGCGCAUCAACAAAAUUUCUUAACAUCUGAAAAUAUUGUUCUUAAAAAAUAUAUCGACAAAUAUGGUGAUAUUUUGAAUGGUUUCGGCAAUAAAAAUGAUAAACUCUU